CGUCCUUUCCAGAAAAAAUGGCAGCUGUUGACAUCGACGUGCCGGUGGAUACGGACGCCCUGAUCUACGAUCAGGAUGACAUGGAGCGUGAGGCUGAAGGCUUCAAAGAGCAAGGAAAUGCAUUCUACAUCAAGAAAGAGUACUCCGAGGCUUUCAACUAUUACACCAAGGCCAUUGAUGCAAGCCCCAAAAAUGCCAGUUAUUAUGGUAACAGGGCAGCCACCCUCAUGAUGCUCUGUCGCUUUCGUGAGGCCCUCGAAGAUUCCCAGCAGGCUGUGCGACUGGAUGACUGUUUCAUGAAGGGUCAUCUACGUGAGGGCAAGUGCCACCUUUCUUUGGGAAAUGCCCGGGCAGCCGGCCGCUGCUUUCAGAAGGUUCUGGAGAUGGAGCCCAGCAAUAGAGAGGCCCAGCAGGAGACUAAGAAUGCAACAACGCUACUGGAGUACGAACGAAUGGCGGAUUUUGGCUUCGAAAAGCGGGAUUUCAGAAAGGUUGUGUACUGUAUGGACCGGGCCUUAGCUCUGGCUUGUGCCUGCCACCGCUUCAAAAUCCUCAAGGCGGAGUGUCUGGCUCUGCUGGGACGCUAUCCAGAAGCCCAGUCUGUUGCAAGCGAUAUCCUGCGAAUGGAUUCCACAAACGCAGACGCACUAUACGUUCGAGGCCUAUGUCUUUACUAUGAGGACUGCAUCGAUAAAGCUGUACAGUUUUUUGUCCAGGCACUGCGCAUGGCACCUGACCACGAAAAGGCCCGGCUAGCCUGCAGGAAUGCUAAAGCCUUAAAAGCCAAGAAAGACGAGGGCAACGGGGCGUUUAAGAACUGCAACUUUGAAGCUGCCUACCAGCUGUAUACUGAGGCGCUGACGAUAGACCCCAACAACAUCAAGACCAAUGCCAAACUCUACUGCAACAGAGCCACAGCAGGAGCAAAGCUGAAGAAACUUGAUCAAGCCAUUAACGACUGCACCAGUGCAAUCAAACUAGACGACACUUACAUCAAGGCCUACUUAAGAAGAGCUCAGUGUUACAUGGACACAGAGCAGUAUGAAGAGGCUGUGCGGGACUAUGAAAAAGUGUACCAGACAGAAAAAACAUCAGACCACAAGCAUCUGCUAAAGAACGCUCAGCUGGAGCUGAAGAAGAGCAAGAGGAAAGAUUACUACAAAGUGCUAGGAAUCGGCAAGAACGCCACAGAGGACGACAUCAAAAAAGCCUAUCGCAAACGGGCCCUAAUGCACCACCCAGAUCGCCACAGUGCAGCGACUCCAGAGGUGCAAAAGGAGGAGGAAAAGAAAUUCAAGGAGGUGGGCGAAGCCUUCACUGUGCUCUCCGACCCAAAGAAGAAAAUCAGAUAUGACAAUGGACAUGACCUGGAUGAAGACGGCGGCGGCGGCGGCGGCUAUGAUGGUGGAGAUUUUGAUGCAAACAACAUCUUCAGGGCUUUCUUUGGCGGCCAUGGAGGAGGAUUUUCUUUUGAUUCCAGUGCAGACAAUGCGCCCGGAAAUUUCUUUUUCCAGUUUGGUUAAUGCGAACAAGGAGCAUGCGGGAAAAUGCAGCCCUGCAGUGGACAAUAUUAAGUUGGACCCAUAUUCACCUCGCAAGGCUCAUACUCCCAAGUGUCUUGCGAAAUCCCCCUAAUGGUCUUUUUCCAUAGGUUUUUGAUUAUUGCAUUCACUCCUAAAUUUAUUCCUUAUGUUGAUGAUAUCAAACAUUGGGGAGGAUAAUUAAGAGGCUUUUGUUAUGAAUUAACAUUGUAGAAGUUCUUUAAGACAUCUUUUUCUUUUAAGAAGUUACUUUGGAUCAGCUGAGCAGAGCAUUUCCUUAUCGCCAAAAUCGAAAUUAUACUGGAUAAAUUUACUCUUGUAAAACCGCCUCUACCUUCACUAAGGUGAUCAGUAGGUAAGGAAUGCAUUGGAAAUGUAAGUAUCAUGGUUGAUUUACUUAUUGAAGUCAUAACAUGGUCUACCUUUUUAUGGUUCACCCGGGACAGCAUGUCUCUGUAGAGCAAGUGUCGAUGAACUGUGAAAGUUCAAUGUCAAAGCUGACCUCAGAACAGCCUAACAAGGACAGCGCCUGUCUCUUGCGAGUGUGUGUCCAGGUUUUAUUGGCUCACUUGCCAAAUAUAGAAUCGACUUGCAGGGUUUUUGUUUCCUCUCCUUUUAUCCAUGCUGCAUUGUAUAUUUGACUCGAAUGUAAAGCCCUAAUGUGUCCAUAAAUUUUUCUUUUUCAGUCCUC